UCUUCUCUGUUUCGCUCAUCAUUUUGCCUAAUACGAUUGCUUAAUGUUUGAUCCCGCUCUUCAUUCUUCUUUCUGUGGCUUCUCUUGCGAUUCUUCUUCAUCCAACCUUUUCAAUUUGAGACAUCUUAUUCAUCAAGUUCAUUCAUUUCGCGCGGAGAAUUUCAGGAAAAAAGAUAAAUGAAACCUGAGAAGCUUUCAACCUCCCCUGAUCUUCCUUAUUUCUGGUCUACUUUCUUCAAAUCAAGCCCAUAUUAAAGACAACGAUUUCAAGUACCCCCGAUUACUCUUUUCUGCUCUUAUCCUCGUCUGUUUUUGCGCCAACCAUAUAAAAGCCAUGAUUUCCCCCCCUUUCAUGAAUUCUGGAUAAGGAUUGGAGGAAAUUUCACCAAAUGGGGUUGUUGCCGUUAAACCCGAACCCAGAAAGCGAGCAAGAUGGUGGGACGAAAAAUAGUGCUAUGGUGUAUCUCAAUGUAUAUGACCUUACACCUAUGAACAAUUAUUUUUACAUGUUUGGAAUUGGAAUCUAUCAUUCGGGAAUUGAAGUGCAUGGUAUGGAAUAUGGCUUUGGAGCUCAUGAGUACCCAACAAGUGGUGUCUUUGAGGUGGAACCUAGAAGCUGUCCUGGCUUCAUCUUCAGGCGAUCAGUGUUCUUGGGUACCACAGAUAUGUCUAUUUCAGAAUUCCGUUCUUUUAUGGAAACCCUCGCCAGUAAAUAUCAUGGAGACACUUACCAUCUGAUUGCCAAGAAUUGUAACCAUUUUACAGAUGAAGUCUGCCAACAACUAACUGGAAAGUCUAUACCUGCAUGGGUAAAUCGGUUGGCUCGAGUAGUUUCAGGUUCUUUCUGCAAUUGUCUCCUGCCGGAAAGCCUUCAGGUUGCUGCAGUUGCACAUAUUCCAGAACGUUUGGCAAAUUCUGAUGAUGAGAGAUCAGACUCUGGGGGGUUGUCUUCGUCUGGGGACAGUGAAAAUGAGGAUGCUGAUCAAAAUCUGUUGACUGCACCUAAUGUUGGUGAAGUGGCCUUUGUAAAGGAAAAUCCUGUGCGCCUGGCGCGUGAGCUCUUGUGAUUCUCGUUUGGUCAAUUGACGUCGCAUUCAGAGUUGAACAAACCUCUAUAGUUUCCAUAUGGUAUACCCACAAAGUAAUGUUUGUAAUUUUAGUGCUAUCAGGAUGCUGCUGUAAAUUUUUGUACUACUCAAUAUGUCUGCACUGCACUUUAUAUCUCUCUCUGUAGAAGCGACUCCUUUGGCCAGCAUGACGACCGCUUUUUUAAUUUUGAGUGACGAGUGUAUAAAUUUUAGUGAGUUGGGAAACGAGCAAAGUAUCAUUCGUCUCGACGGGUUGCUAAAGAUUAAUGAAGGAAUUUCACUGUUACUUGAU